AUGGAAGGUCACCACCGGAAAGAGGUCACAUGCACAACAUUCAAGAUGGCGACCCCCUUGUGUCGGUGCUACCAGAUGUGUGCCAGAAGAGGACUUCAGGCGUUACCCUCCUCCUUCCUGCGACUUCACAACAGACCAAGUGUCUUCAGGAUACACGGGUUCCUCACAAACUCCUCACAGGUGCCUCUGCAAGUAAGAUGUAUGUCGGGGGAGAAGGGUGGUGGCAGAAAAGGUUUUUUUGGGGAGUUUCUGGACAACUUGAAGCAGGAGCUAAAUAAGAACAAGGAAAUGAAAGACAACAUCCAGAAGUUCCGGGAUGAGGCCAAAAAACUGGAGGAGUCGGACGCAUUGAAACAAGCUCGCAGGAAAUAUCAAACUAUUGAGUCGGAAACGGUUAAAACAUCUGAGGUUUUCAGGAAGAAGUUGGGAAACAUCUCUGAGACAGUUAAAGAGGGGUUCGAAGAAGUCAGUCGAACAGAAAUUGGGAAAAAAUUCAUAGAGGGAGUGGAAGGAGCAGCCAAACAGGCCAAGACGUCUGCAGAGUCCGUCUCUAAGAGUGGAGAAAAGUUGGGAAAGACGAGUGCAUUCAGAGCCAUAUCUCAGGGCAUGGAGAGUGUCAAGAAAGAGAUCGAUGACCUCGGUCACACUGGCCCUUAUCGGCCUCCUGCCAGACUCCGCAAGAGAAGUGAGUUCUCCUCCAAGGGGGGAGGGGACGACAGCAAGGUCUUCGACGCCAACGAGGAAGCUAUGGGAGUGGUGCUGCACAAGGACUCAAAAUGGUACCAACAGUGGAAGGAAUUCAAAGACAACAACGUGGUCUUCAACAGGUACUUUGAGAUGAAGAUGAAGUACGAUGAGAGCGACAACGCCUUAAUCAGAGCUUCUCGUGCUGUCACCGACAAAAUGACCGACCUCAUAGGAGGGCUGUUUUCUAAGACAGAGAUGUCUGAGGUUCUGACAGAGAUUUUGAAGGCGGAUCCUUCAUUUGACAAAGAUUCCUUCCUCAAGCAGUGUGAACGAGAUAUCAUCCCCAAUAUACUGGAGGCGAUGAUCAGAGGGGAGCUGGAGGUACUGAAGGACUGGUGUUAUGAAGCGACAUACAGUCAGCUGGCACACCCAAUCCAACAAGCCAAGGCCAUGGGGCUUCAUUUCCACUCCAAGAUCCUGGAUAUUGACAACAUUGAUUUGGCCAUGGGGAAGAUGAUGGACCAGGGCCCAGUAUUGAUUAUAACCUUCCAGGCUCAGUUAGUCAUGGUGAUCCGAAACACUAAAGGAGAUGUUAUAGAGGGAGACCCUGACAAAGUGCUCAGGAUGAUGUAUGUGUGGGCUCUGUGUCGGGACCAGGAGGAGCUCAACCCGCACGCUGCCUGGAGACUACUUGACAUCUCCGCAUCGAGCACUGAACAGAUCCUCUAAGACUCUUUGAUGCACGGAAGACACAGUCACGCAGGAAGAGAACACACUGUACCUGAACAGAGCCUGUAGCUGGCUGGGAAGAAAAGGGCGGGAGAGGAGAGGAGGGUGCGUGGACAUGAGGGACAGACUGUUGGGGCACAAGCUCACUUCACAACAGAAAGGAGAGCUGCUGCAUUCUGCUUGGCGCUUCACUGUCUAAGUCCCCUUUACUUUGUUCACUCAGGAUGCUUUGACACCAUUCCUCGAGCUCACACUAGGGGGCGGUAGACUAUCAACAACUGUCAUCAGCUGUACUUUCUGCAAAGCCUGCAUUGCUGUUCAUGUGUUGAAUCUGUUUAGUGCAGGAACACUUCUGUUGGAUGAACUAAGUUAUUGAGCUUGUACUCAAGUGUUUGGAGAUCUCAGAUGUCGGUGCCACUUUCUUCACUCGCUCAGUUCUUCACUGAGGAGUCGUUUCUCCUUGGUGGUAAUGUGGCCAAUCAGUGCUGACAAUUGUCCAAUGUAAUUGUUAAACAUGUGAGAAUGUCUAUAUUUAUUAUGAAAAAUAAAAAUGCCCCCAUUUUUCCACGAUAA